AUGGCGACUUUCUCCGGGUUAAACCUUCUCUUCUUCUCCUUCCUCAUAGCAUCAGGCGCAAUUUCCGUCGUCUCCGGCACCGUCUUCACCAUAGAGAACAGGUGCCCUUUCACCGUCUGGCCGGGAAUCCUCACCGGAAACAACGGUGCACCACUUAACGACGGCGGAUUUAUCCUAAACUCAGGAGCUAAAGUCGACGUGAACCCACCAGCCGGCUGGUCCGGCCGAAUCUGGGGCCGAACCGACUGUAAUUUCGACGGCUCCGGCGCUGGAACAUGCGUCACCGGAGACUGCGGCAACAAGUUAAAAUGCGCCGGAGCAGGAGGAGUUCCGCCGGUCACACUCGCCGAAUUCACGAUCAGUCCUUCCGGCGGGAAUGAUAACUACGACGUAAGCCUCGUCGACGGUUACAACAUCCAGAUGGGAAUCACAACGCGAGACGGCUCAGGCGAUUGCCGAAACGCUAAAUGCGCUUCGGACUUGAACGGGAGCUGUCCUAACGAGCUACGCGUUGUGGCGGGGUCGAAUGUUGUGGCGUGUAAGAGCGCUUGCGCGCAGUUUGGCAAACCGGAGUACUGUUGCACCGGUGCGUUCAGUACACGGGAGACUUGUCCUCCGUCGGAUUACUCGAAGAUGUUUAAAGCAGCUUGUCCCGAAGCUUAUAGCUACGCAUACGACGACCCGUCGAGCCUUCUUACUUGUACCAAUGCCAAUUACUCCAUCAUCUUCUGUCCUUAA